CAACACAACAACUACAACAAAGAGCAAAGAAGAUGGAAGAAGAGAGGUUCUUAAAGUCCUAGAACUGUAGCAAACUUCAGAUAUUGGACAAUUUAGGACAAACAUUCAUGAUUUUAUUGACAGCAUAAAAGUCUCUGGGCUUGCAAAAAGAUUAGCCGAGUUGAUAUCCUUAUUCAUUGAAACUCAAAAGUGAAACAUUAUCUUAUGAGGUGUUGGAGUUUGGGAGUUCUUUAUGAAUGCAGAGAGUUAGAGAAUGGAGAAAAUUUGUGAAUUCUGCACGGCUUUGAGGCCAGUUGUUUACUGUAAAUCCGAUGCAGCACAUCUUUGUCUUUCCUGCGAUGCAAAGGUCCAUUCAGCCAAUGCACUUUCUAGUCGUCAUCUGCGAAGCCUCCUUUGUGACUUGUGCAGAUACCGCCCAGCAUAUGUUCGAUGCACAGAUCAUCAAAUGUUCAUGUGUCGCAGCUGUGAUAGAAGCCUGCAUGAUGGCUCUUCCCAGCAUCGGAAACAGGUAAUCAGCAGUUACAUGGGAUGCCCUUCUGCUAAGGAUUUUGCAGCAUUGUGGGGUUUUGAACUUAAUGAACAAGGCAACAGUACUCGACAAGGUCACUUUGUGUCCACUUCACAUGGUUCUGAGGAUUCCAGCGUGGUAAAUUUGGCUAUUCCAAGACAAUCUUGCUCACAAAUUGGAGGCCCUUCUGUGUUAUGUACAGUGAAUCCUGCAACUCUAGGCUCCAGUACAGAAUCUGAAGUGGAAUCAAGCAGUCAACAAAGUAAGAUAUAUAAAGGUCAACAGCAGCACUCUAGCCAUAUUAUGCAACAGAUUCUUGACUUGAAAAGGCUUCAGCUCACUGAUGGGUCUAACCUUUUGCCUAUGAUACGUGGCCAAGAACAAACUGACAUAUCUUCCUCAAUACAUUACAGUCCUGAGUUUGAUGAAAACCUUGAUCAGCAUUCACAACUUUCCCAAGACAGUUCACUUCAGGAGCUAAAAGUGGAGACUUUGCCAUUUACAUUUUCACAAAUGGAGAAUUUACCUUCAUCUUCAAAUGUUGGACUUCCUGUGCCUGGAGAGUCCUUCUGGCAAUGUAAAAGUCCAGUUCAAAGUAGCCAGUUAUGGUCUCAAAAUAUGCAAGACCUCGGGGUUUGUGAGGAACUUUACAAUGAAGAUUUCAACAUACCAGAUGUUGAUUUAACAUUCCGAAACUUUGAAGAACUAUUUGGAGGUGAUCAGGAUCCAAUCAGGUCUCUACUUGAUGAUAAAGACUUCUCAUGCUCUUCCGUAGAGAGGGAUUUGUCCCAUGAUACAUCAGAUUAUGUCCAUCUAAGAGCUAUGGAGGAUGUGGCUUCUUCUAUUUACAUCACUCAUUCGGCUCACAUGGAAAAAGACAUGGGUCCUUCUAGUCAAGUUCAUAACCUUUCAAGAAGCAUGGAUUUCCCUCGUCCAAUACAACCAUCUUAUUCAACUUUGUCAUUCUCUGUUUCAAGGUUUAGUGCUGAGAGCAAUGGAACUGAUUGCCUUGAUAGUGGACUUUCUCCUUACACUAUAGGAGGCAAACCUUCAAACAAUUCUCCUGAGCUUGAUGGUGCACAUUUGGAGGCCAGAGAAAUUGCCACGAUGAGGUACAAAGAGAAGAAGAAAUCUCGACUGCAUGAAAAGCAAAUUAGAUACCCAACUCGGAAAGCUAGAGCUGAUGUUCGGAAGCGGGUAAAAGGCAGAUUUGUAAAGAAAGAGAACUAUGGCUCUGAUUUUAUUGAUGUGACACAAAGCUAUUAGCUUUGCUUUCAUCACUACCACCCACCCCCCACUCCCCGC